AUGAACUCUGUGAUGUGUGGUGCUCGCGGCAUCACAGCGCUCGGGGUCCUCACACUGCUGCUGCCCGCCCUGCUGGGCUGGGCCAGCUGCCACCCUGUCCCUGGGAGGAAGAACUUCAACAAGCUGCUGCUGAUCUCCUUCGAUGGCUUCCGCUGGAACUACGACCAGGAUGUGGACACCCCCAACAUGGACCGCCUGGCCCGGGAGGGCAUGAAGGCCAAGUACCUAACGCCACCCUUUGUGACAGUGGCCUCCCCAUCCCACUUCACCACCAUCUCCGGUCGCUGGAUUGAAGAUCACGGAGUCAUUCACAACAUGAUGUUUAAUACUGAGACAAAAUGGAAGUUCUCCUUCAAAACAACAAAGAAUAAGACUGAGUGGUGGGACAAUGGUGUUCUCCCCCUCUGGAUCACAGCCCAGAGACAGGGGAAGAAGACAGCAUCAUUCCACUAUCCUGGAGGAGGUGCGAAGUACAAAGGGGAGGCUGUCCAGCGGUUCCUGUUGGAGUCUUACACUCACCCAGACAGCAACGAGAAAGAGUGGAGGGAGAACAUCGAUAUUGUCAUGAACUGGUUCACUAAGGAAGACUCUGACUUUGUGACUCUGUACUAUGGAGAGCCAGAUAACACGGGACACAGAUUUGGGCCUGAGACGGAGAACAGAAGGGUGAUUAUUCAGCAAAUCGACAGAACCAUCGGGUACCUGGUGGAAGCCAUUGAAAGACACAGCUUGAUCAAUCACCUCAAUGUCAACACAUCAGACCACGGCAUGACCACAGUAAAAAAGAAGCCCAACGUCACUGAGAUCCUCUUGACUAACUACAUCAAGUUCAGGGACUUGGUCAAGUUUGAUAUCGUGGACUAUGGUGGCUUUGGGAUGCUCCUGCCCAAACCAGGGCAAGAGGAAGCCGUUUACCAAGCGCUGAAGAAUGCACACCCUCACCUCAAUGUGUACAAGAAGGAGGAAUUCCCAGAACGCUUCCAUUUUGCUAAACACAAGCAGGUCCUGCCAAUCGUAACGUAUGCCGACUCUGGUUAUAACAUCAAUGGGCGAUUUAUAAUAUAUUUCAACAAAGGAGUUCAUGGCUUUGAUAAUGUCCACAUGGACAUGAAGACUAUAUUCAGAGCUUUUGGGCCAGAUUUCAAGAAGAAUCACCUAGCUGAGCCUUUUGACAGCAUCCACAUCUACCCACUCAUGUGUAAGCUCCUGGGGGUUACCCCUGAACCCCACAAUGCCUCCCUGGCAGUCACCCAGGAAAUGCUUGUGGACUCAUAUGACCAGCAGCCAGGAGUUCUUGCAGUUCUGUUUGUUGCUAGCGUGACAUACAGAGCCAUUCGCCGGAAAAAGAAGUGA